UCUUCUACUCUGCUGUGGCUCAGGCAACUGAAGGAGAUAGAGGACAAGAUCCUGGAGGUCCUCUCCUCGUCAGAGGGGAACAUCCUGGAAGACGAGACUGCAAUUGAAGUUCUCUCCUCCUCAAAGACCCUCGCCAACGAGAUCUCGGAGAAGCAGGCCGUGGCAGAGGCAACAGAGGUCAAGAUUGACGAGGCCCGUCUCGGCUACAAACCGAUUGCCAUCCAUUCCUCCAUUCUAUUCUUCUCCAUCACCGACCUGGCCAACAUAGAGCCAAUGUACCAAUACUCCCUCACCUGGUUCGUGAACCUCUUUGUCAACUCUAUUGACAACGCAGAGAAAUCGGACAACCUCCAGGCCAGACUUGAGAUACUCAAGACUCACUUCACCUACUCCCUCUACUGCAAUGUGUGCAGAUCUCUCUUUGAGAAAGACAAGCUCCUGUUCUCCUUCCUCCUGUGUGUCAACCUCCUGAAGCACGUCCACGAGCUGGAGGAGCCAGAGUGGAGGUUCCUCCUGACUGGCGGGGUCGGUCUCGACAACCCUCACAGGAACCCCGCCUCCUGGCUCCCUCAUAAGUCCUGGGAUGAACUCUGUCGUCUCGACGACCUUGAAAAGUUCAAGGGAAUUCGAGUGACGUUUGGUGGGAUGGUGAAGGAGUGGAAGGAGUACUACGACAGUGUGGACCCUCAGACUCACGCCCUCCCAAAACAGUGGGACAAAUUGGGCAUGUUUCAGAAGAUGAUUGUUCUACGCUGCCUCAGACCUGACAAGAUGGUUCCGGCUGUGCAGGACUUUGUGGUGGGCAAGCUCAAGAAGCGCUACAUCGAGCCGCCUCCGUUCAACCUCCCCAAGGCAUUCGCUGACUCUCACUGCUGUGCCCCGCUCAUCUUUGUCCUGUCUCCCGGAGGUGACCCCAUGGCAGCUCUCCUCAAGUUUGCCGAUGAUCAGGGAUUUGGAGGAGCCAAGCUGAGCACUCUCUCCCUCGGCCAGGGUCAAGGUCCGAUUGCCAUCAAGAUGCUCCAGAGUGCCCAGAAGGACGGGACGUGGGUCGUGCUCCAAAACUGCCACCUUGCCGUCUCGUGGAUGCCCACCCUCGAAAAAAUCUGCGAGGAGUUUAACCCUGACACCACCCACCCCGACUUCCGAGUCUGGCUCACCAGCUACCCGUCCCCCCACUUCCCCAUCUCCGUGCUCCAGAACGGGGUUAAGAUGACCAACGAGCCUCCAAAGGGGUUAAAAGCCAACAUCAUCCGAUCGUACAUGAACGAUCCAAUAUCCGACGAAGAGUUUUUCGGUGCCUGCUCUAAACCAAAAGAGUGGAAGAAGCUGCUGUUUGGUCUGUGCUUCUUCCAUGCCCUGGUGCAAGAGCGCCGCAAGUUUGGUCCGCUCGGGUGGAACAUUGCCUACGAGUUCAACGAGACCGACCUCCGUAUCUCUGUCAGACAGCUCCAGAUGUUCCUCAAUGAGUAUGAGCAAGUACCGUUUGCCGCUGUGAGUUACCUGACUGGCCAGUGUAACUACGGAGGUCGUGUGACGGACGACUGGGACCGCAGGACUCUGGUGUGCGUCCUCGAGAAGUUCUACUGCCCAGAGAUCCUCAGAUCCAGUUACACUUUCUCCACAAGCGGAACCUACUACUGCCCUCCCGAUGGAGAUCACAACAGCUACGUGGAAUACGUGAGCUCCCUCCCCAUCAUCCCCCACCCUGAGGUGUUUGGGAUGCACGCCAAUGCCGACAUCACCAAGGACCAACAGGAGACCAACCUCCUCUUUGAGAGCAUCCUACUCACACAGGCACGAACUACAUCGAGCGAGGGAAAGUCAGACGACGAAGUGCUGGAGGAAGUAGCCGCCGACAUUCUCAACAAACUGCCACAGGAUUUCGACACUGAAGAAGCACUUCGUAAAUAUCCCACCACUUACACACAGAGCAUGAACACAGUGUUGGUGCAGGAGAUGGUGCGGUUCAACCGACUCACUGACGUGGUGCGAAGCUCUCUCUCCAACGUACGCAAAGCCAUCAAGGGUCUGGUGGUGAUGUCCAGUGAGUUGGAGGAGGUGGCAGACUCCAUCCUCAAGGGAAAGAUCCCUGGUCUGUGGAAGAAAAAGUCCUACCCCUCCCUCAAGCCUCUAGGGAGCUACGUCAAUGACCUACUGGCAAGACUCAAGUUUCUCAACGACUGGUUUGAUGUGGGGCCUCCGUCUGUGUUCUGGAUAUCUGGAUUCUUCUUCACUCAGGCCUUCCUUACAGGAGCUCAACAGAACUUUGCAAGAAAGUACCGCAUCCCCAUUGACCUGCUGGGGUUUGACUAUGGGGUGCUGGAGGACAAGGACUACAAGACUCCUCCAGAAGAUGGUCUGUUAGAGUAUAUACCCUACACAGUGUAUAGUACAUCUAUACUUGUACUGUCUCCACUAUACUUCCCAUGUGAGACGUAUGUCUGCAUGUUUUACUCCCUCAAAAGGUGUGUAUGUGAAGGGUCUGUUUUUGGAUGGAGCGAGAUGGGACCGGAAGACCAAAUUGUUGGGAGAGUCACACCCCAAGAUACUCACUGAUGCAAUGCCUGUGAUGUGGCUAAAGCCUUGCAAGCGGGACGACAUCCCUCAGCGUCCAUCGUACAUCAUCCCUCUCUACAAGACGAGCGACCGACGCGGGACCCUCUCCACCACUGGCCACUCCACCAACUUUGUCGUGGGCAUGAAGCUGCCCUCGGACCAGCCCUCGGAGCACUGGAUACAGCGGGGAGUGGCACUCCUCUGCCAGCUCGACAACUGAAAACUCUUUGUAAAAAGACAGUCAGAAGUUGUGACACACACUGUGUAUUAACACAUGAAAGGUUUUGUGUGUGUGUGUAAUUUAUUGUACACUUGAAAAACAUUUUUAACCCAUCCCCUA